AUGCUCCCCCUGGACACGGUCUGGCUGCUAGAGCGUGACGGCGGCGCCCAGCCUGUGCUGAUCCGGGAGAAGGCCAUGGCGGUGGGGCUGGAGAUGCUGAGCGCGGCGGGCGUGUCGGGCGUGAUGGUGGAUGUGUGGUGGGGCAUCGUGGAACACGCCGGGCCGCGGCGCUACGACUGGAGCGCGUACCGCCGCCUGUUUGACGCGGUGGCGGCCAAGGGCUUGCGCAUCCAGGCGGUCAUGAGCUUCCACGCCGCGGGCGGCAAUGUGGGCGACACCUGCACCAUCCCGCUGCCGCGCUGGGUGGUGAAGGCGGGCGAGGCCGACCCUGACAUCUUCUACACAGACGCGCACGGCGCGCGUAACCGCGAGUGCUUGAGUUUAGGUUGCGACGAGGCGCCGGUGCUGGCCGGGCGCACGCCCGUGGCCGCCUACCGCGACUUUGCCGCCGCCUUUGCGGCCGAGUUCCGCGACCUGCUGGGGUCGGGCAUCACCGAAAUCACGCUGGGCCUGGGCCCCGCGGGCGAGCUGCGCUACCCCUCCUACCCCGAGGGCGACGGGCGCUGGCGCUUCCCCGGCACGGGGUUCUUCCAUGACGUCCACGGCCGUUGGGACACCGAGUACGGCCGCUUCUUCCUGGGCUGGUACAGUGGACUGCUGGUGGAGCACGCCGACCGCGUGCUGGGCGCGGUGCGCGCCGCGCUCUCUGGCCCGGGCUGGCCCCGCGUGCUGGCGAGCCGUGGCGGGGGUAGCGGCGGGGUUGGCGGUGCUGCGCCCGGCGCCACCGGCCACAGGGGAGGGCCGCCGCACCCCGCGGACGCGCCACCGCCGGCCUCCCACCCAGCGACCUCGGCCUCCCACCAGACGACCACGCCCUUGGACGCCAGCGCGUCGACGCUGCUGCGCUUCCGCCCUGCCGCCGCGCUGGGCGUGAAGCUGGCUGGCGUGCACUGGUGGUACACCACGCGCGCCCACGCCGCCGAGCUGACCGCCGGGGUGUACAACACGCGCCAGCGCGAUGGGUACGAGGGUAUCAUGCGCGUGCUGGCGCGGCACGGCGCCGCCGCCAGCUUCACCUGCGUGGAGAUGCGCGACUGCGAGCACCCCGCCGAGGCGGCCUGCUCGCCGGAGGGGCUGCUGGGCCAGCGCUACGACCGCGCCGCCUUUGACAAGAUCGCCGAGUCAGCAGUGGGCAGGAGCGUGCUCGCCGGCAGGCUGGAGAAAAUCACCUUCCUGAGGAUGGGCGACAUGAUGGUGGACAACUGGGACGCGUUCAGCUCCUUCCUGCAGCGGCUGACGGGGCCGCUGUGCUGA